AUGGCUGACCAAACUGACCAAAUCUGUAAUCAGCUCUUGCAACCAUUCGAAACAAUACCAAGCAAAGCGAGAGAACUUUCUACUCUUAUCAAAGCAGACCUUCUUUGCAAGUUGCCUGUGGCUGGGGGCGAGGAGGUUAAGUUUCCUAUUCUUAAGGAUUUCAUCUAUACUAGCGAAGAGGUUCGUCGAAGUACGAUAGCAAUGCACAUCAACUAUGUACUAAGCGACCCAAUUGGAGAUGCUGUCAUAGGCACCGGAUCGGAGGACAUGAUGCACUCAUCUGUAGACGCGUUGAUCAGGUAUUUACUUCAGAUUUUUGUGAAAGCGCUCGGAGGGAAACUACCAAUUGAAUUUGAUCGGAACAGAGCGGAUCCUAAAUCGACAACAAAAGGUCGUGAUCGCCCAGACUUCCUUUGUUGGACGAGAGAAGUGCUCCUAUUUAAAGGCGAGGAGAAUGGCGAUGCAAAAGAUUUCGAUCUUGCUGUGGAAGAGCUUCAGAGCAAGUUUAAUAUUUGUUUCUACGCAAUUGAUGGCUCACCAGACGCUGGGAACCAGCUUGACCGUUUGAUCCCGCUCACGGAUUUGCUCAAGAUAGAUCAUCGCAGGGAUCGAGUUACCAUCCUCCAUACGAUGAUAAACAUUACACGCAUUAUGUUGACUGUAAGUACUAAGAUUCCUAAUAAUAUCAUUCCUCUCGGCAAACGGAGGAAGACUGGAGAAACGACUAUUACUUUCUUUGAUGACUUCGUCGAGAAGAAGAUUCCACGAAAUCAUCUUCCAUAUGCUAAUGAUGAUACUCGUAUCCAUUUCUUGGUGAGAAUGUACAAGUGCGCCAAAGGCUAUCCAGGCCUUGUUCAAAUCAAGAACGAACCUACUCUUAAGAAUCGAGGAAGUUAUAAAGUCCUUAUGACAACGUGGGGCUUGAAUAUCUUGCCGAAGAACGAGGGUGAGUUAAAGGCAAUGAGCAAGAGUAUCAUUACUGGACUAGACAGGUUGCAUCGAGGAAACUUCGUCCAUCGUAAUAUGUUCUUAUCGAUUUCGAACACGGAGGUAAUAAUGGAGAAAAUAUGGUUGAAUGCUGUUGAUAAUAUGUUGAUGUCGGUGGAGGGAAACGACUUUGUGACUAAAUUGAAAGCGAAAAAGCUGAAUGCUUCGAAGGCGCUUCAACGUGCAUGGAUUAAAGGCUUGUAA